AAUCCGUGCUAUCUAACUAGCGUGACGUCAGGUAUCUCGCUAGGCUGUCUGUUAGAGACGGCAUUGGUCUGAUUUUUAGAAAUGUCAUAAGACAUUUUAUUUUUGGCAAUUAUGACAUUUUAUGUUGAUUUUUGCAAGAAGAGGAAGAACUGUCACUUGUUUUAUUAUUUUCCUUUUCUAUUUCACGAAAGUAAAAAGAGUUACCUAUCUGAUUUGUUCAGGCACCCAGUUUAAAGAAUAUCGGUAACUUUUUUGACAGAGGGAUUUUAUAUUUGCCAUGUUGGUAAAAAAUAACGGUCAAAAUUCAAAGUUAAUCAUUUUAGACCUGUGUUUUAGACCAAUUUUAGACUAUAUUCUCUGCUAUAUCGUUAAUGCAUGACUUUUGUAAGAAUUUUCGCUAUUUUAAUAUUGAUUAUUGAUCGAGCGUGAUAAUCCAAGAUAAUCCAACAUCUCUGUGAUAUGGAGUCGCAAGAUCGUCCAUUCCCUAGCCCUAGCACAUGGGCUAGGCUUGGAAAGUAUUUCUAUAAUUCGCCGAUUCCAGAGGAAGCAGCUGAAGCAAAUUUAACAAGCAAAGGACCCGAAAAAACGGCACAAAAUGAAUAUACCAAGGUUGUAAAACAAGACUUAUUAGGCCUAGACAAAAAUACAAACAUCAAUAACCUUGCUAAACGUAUUAGAUUAUCAAGGUAUUCCUUUGAAUUUAAUGAUAUAAGAGCAAAUUUUCCUCCAUCUCUGACUGUUUUACAAAUCCAAAAAGUCGUUAAUCCCUAUCUGAGAAAAUCGUUUGAACUGACACGUCAAUUGAAGUACGACAAUAUAGAACCACUGCGGUUGUACCAUGGUACUAAGAUGAUCAACCUGUCCAGUAUUUGUAGGAAUAAUCUCGAUUUGAGAGUGACUGGAAUGGGUCACAGAAUAAGAUGGUUUCGAUACUGCUGUAAGUGUAAAGCCGGAUCAUAAAUGGUAUGCUAAGUUUAAUGGCAAUGAAUUUUAUCCUGCAUAUAUCAUUUAUUUUCAUUAAAAAUUUAUUAUUUCGUUUUUUUUUAUGAUACAUAACUAUAUUUUUGUUCUCUUAUGUAUCAAUAUACUUUUAUUAAAAUAUGUUAUAUAUUUUAUUAUGUUAAAAUAUUUUCUGUUUUUUUUUAAUUUUUUAUGUUAAAUGAGUUCAAUAUCAUAUUAUUUUAAUACUAUUAUGGGUAAUACCUUAUUAUGUUAUGUAUGUUCCGUUUAUUUAAUAUUUAAUGACAAUAUUAUAAUAAAUUAUAAAAAAAA